AUGGCACCGCAAAAACGAGCAAGGCACGAUGAGGAUGACGAAGUUAUCGCCGUCGAAAGCGCGAGCUCGAGCCUGCGACCACAAGCCCAAGGCAAAAGAGCACGGCUAUCUGAGAACCCAGCUUCCUCCAAGUCGCGAAAUGCGCGCCAGGUCAGCCCGUUGACUUCGUCGAGCAGCGAAGGUGAGGAAGACGACGAGGAACUUCCUGAUGCUGAAGACGACCCCGUUCCACCACCAAGUACCCAAUACGAGGCUCUUCGCGAUGAUGGUUUCAGACAUCUUGAUAAAGCCGAGUUGGAUGACCAACGGGCCACUCAACAGUUUCUAGCACGAAGCCAGCGCAUUGGGAAUAAUCAUGCUGCGAACAAUGCAAUCAUUGAGGACAUUACUUGCAUAAAUUUCAUGUGUCACGAGAGGCUUCACGUUAAGCUUGGACCACUCAUCAAUUUCGUUGUUGGUGAGAACGGAAGUGGCAAGAGCGCAGUGUUGACUGCACUGACCUUGUGUCUGGGUGGGAAGGCGGCCGCGACAAAUCGAGGUGCAAGCCUCAAAAGCCUCAUCAAAACAGGCUGUGAUGCGGGUAUGUUGAUUGUCAGGUUGAAGAACCAAGGAAACGAUGCAUAUCAAUCGGAUGUCUUUGGCAAAUCCAUCAUCAUCGAACGCCAUUUCUCGCGGUCCGGUAGCAGCAACUUCAAGCUGAAGAACGAGAAUGGCCGUCUCAUAUCUAACAAGAAAGGCGAUGUUGAGGAUAUCAUCGAAUAUUAUCAGCUGCAGGUUGACAAUCCGAUGAAUGUGCUCACUCAAGAUGCUGCCAAGACGUUCAUUACGUCCUCGACGCCUGCAGAUAAAUACCGAUUCUUUUUCGAGGGUGUCCAGCUCAAGGCCCUGGAUGACGAUUACAGGCUCGUAUCCGAUACGUGUGACCAGAUCCAGGCGAAACUCGACGAGUCGAAGGACGACAUUCUAGCACUGAAGAAGAUAGCAAAGGAUGCCCAGACAAAGGCCGAAAUGGUGCAGCGGCGCGAGGGAAUGCGAAAGGAGGCCAAACGGCUAAGCAGGCAAAUGGCUUGGGCUCAAGUAGAAGAGCAAGAAAGCGUUUUGGCCGAGAAAGAGCAGUCCAUUGUCGCGACUCAAGAUGAGAUUGAGAAGGCUGAAACCGUUGCCGCCGAAAAGGACCAGAUAUUUCAAGAAGCAGAUGCGCAGCUGGAGCGUGACAGACAGAAAGAAAGUCAACUCGAGGAAGGGCUUGCUCCGCUCAAAGGCGAGGAAGAGAAGGCUAAGGCUGAUUACGAUGCUGCCACAGGAAAAGUGCAAGACGCCCAUACUGAGCAAAAGGUGACGGCAAAGAGUCUGGCCGCAUCGAUGAAGAAGGUCGAAAAAUUUCAACAAGACAUUGAGGAAGAACAAAAGCGUUUGGAAGCAGCAAAUGGCGGUGCCCAUGCUCGCACUCUCGAGGAAAUCAAGGAAGCCGAACGUGUAGUUUCGGAAGCCCAUGCGGCCCUUGAGCAAUUCAAUAGAGAGACGACGCGCCUCGAGGAGGCUCGCCAACAAGGAAAGGAAAAGGAGAACGGCAUGAAAGGUCCGCUGGCUGCUAGACGCAAAGCGGUCGAUGAGGCCCGUGAACGGCUAAGUACCUUGAACCUUGAUCACGGGAAUGUCAUGGCAGGUUUUGACAACAGGAUGCCAAGGGUCCUUCAACAGAUCCGCAACGACGCUGGCUUUCGAGAGAAGCCUAUUGGACCUCUUGGUAUGCAUAUCAAAUUAUUGAAGCCCGAGUGGUCGCAUAUUUUGGAGUCCACAAUGAGUGGGAUAUUGAGCGCAUUUAUUGUCACCAAUAAGCCUGACCAGAUGAGGCUGUCUAACAUCCUGCGUCAAAACAAUAUGAACUGGUGUCAGGUUGCGAUUGUCAACAAUGAGCCGUUGGAUCCCACAGGCCAUGAACCAGACCCUCGGUAUGAUACCAUCUUGAGGGUUUUGGACAUCGAAAAUGAUCUCAUAAAGAAGCACCUCAUCAUUUCCCAGUCGAUUGAACAGUCCAUCCUCGUCCCCGAUCGGAGUGAUGGCAUAAGGAUCAUGUUCGAUGGGCCAAGGCCCCAAAAUGUCAAGCAAUGUUUCUGUAUCAACCAACAAAACAGAGGCUGGGGUAUCCGUCUGGGAUAUCUCGGCGGUCGCCAAAGUAACAAUCGCGAGCAAAGUCCCAUCAAGCCAUCGCAGGGUAAAUCCAGAAUGAAGACCGAGAUUCAAAGCCAAAUCUCUUUCCAGACCGAAACUGUACAUCAACUUGAGCGAGAACGGGAUGCCCUCGAGAAUGAACUGCGUCAAGUUCAGGAAAGCUUGACGAAAACCAGUCGGACAAUUACCUCCCGUAGACAAGAGCAUGGUAAACUCAAAAUAGCACUCCAACGAGCCGAAGACAGAUCUGCAACUCUCAAGUCCGACCUUGAGUCUUUGAAUGUUGAAGACGGACGACUCGAGGGUUUAAAGCAGAACUUGGCCGAGGCCGAGCGACAAAAAUCGAUCGACGAAGAUGCCUAUGGAACUAUGGGCUUGGAAAAGGACAGACUCAACAAAAUGUCUGCCGAAGAAAAGAAGACUUUGACGGCUGUCAAGAAACGGAUCGAGGAGCACGAAGCCAAGCUCCAGAAAAUCAAGCAGAAAUGCAGGAACCUGGAACAAGUUCGCAGAUAUGCGCUCCAAGAAAAAAAUCUUGCUAUCGCGCGGAUCGAAGAGUCCCGGCAGGAGAAAGAGAGAGCCCAAAGAAAGCAUGAACAACAGGCUGCGUGUGUUGCGGCAUUUAUUACCGAGGCAACCAAAGUCUGCGAAAGGAUACCGGUCGAACCUGGCCAGACAACGGACUCUUUGGACGCCAGACUGAAGGUUUUAGAUGAGCAACUUAAAGCGUACCGAAGAAAACAAGGCGCUUCAGACGAAGAGAUCAACGAUGCAGCAGUCGACGCCGAAGGAUCCUACAGACGUGCCAAAACUAACCAUCAAGGACUCGUAGAACUUUUGGCGUUAUUGAAGCAGUCUUUCCUGAACCGGAUCGAAAUGUAUCGUCGCUUUCAGAGAUCCAUUACCGCCAGGUCCCGAAUCAAUUUCGGUUACCUGCUCAGUGAGCGAGCUUUCCGUGGCAAGCUUACAAUUGACCACAUCCACAAGAAGCUCGAUGUCCAUGUUCAGCCUGACGAUACUGUCAAAGGCAGCAAGGGACGGCAGACCAAAACGCUUUCUGGAGGAGAAAAGUCCUUCUCAUCUAUCUGCCUGCUCUUAUCCCUCUGGGAGGCAAUGGGUGCACCUUUGCGUUGUUUGGACGAGUAUGACGUUUUCAUGGACGAUGUCAACCGGGACGUGACCACGAAGAUGAUCAUCAGCGCUGCCCGACGCUCUGUCGGUAGGCAAUUCAUCUUGAUCACUCCAAAGGGACUUGGAAAUGGUACUUCUGACAUUGCCGAAGAAGACGUGAAAAUAACAAGGUAA